GUUUCGGACAAGUCGUAAUAUCAAUUAUAACUUAAAGAAGUUAAUCUCCUUUAUUACAGAUAAUAAAACGUGAUGAGUUUAUCAUUUCAUAACAUCUAAUGAUAGUGUUUCCAUAACUAUUACUAAAUUGCUACUUAUAUUCAGAUAAAUAUCAUGAUUUAUCAUCACGUUUUCUUUAUUAUUUAUUAGCUUGGGCGAAGAAGUCCUUCCAUUAAACACAGUAUUUUUAUUAAAAUGUGGAAAAUAAUAUGGCUCUUUAGUGGAGUCAGUUCAGUAUUUGCAGCAAUAGACACAGGCUUCGUGAACUUCGGCGGGUUCGCGUGUCCUCGCGAAGAAAAGGCACUCGGGCGCUGUCUGCGUGACGCUCUCAACGCCUACAUCCCGAAAUUAGCCACAGGAGUGCCGGAGUACGGCGUGCCGGCGUGCGAGCCGCUGGUGGUGGGCGCGCUGUCGGUCCAGCAGGCGGCGGGCCCGCUGGCCGUCACCUCCUCCUACACCGAUGUCACCGUGCGAGGCCCCUCCACUAUGCGCGUCAAGGACGUCCAAGUAGACUCUAAACAACAUAAAAUAGUGUCAGAGUUGUACAUCCCCGAGCUGAGGGUUAAGGGCAACUACAAGCUGUCGGGGCAGCUGCUGAUGCUGCCUAUCGAAGGAGAGGGACAGUUCUCCGGGAAGUACGCGGAUAUCGAUGCGGUGGUGUCGAUCGCGCUGGGCCGCGCGCCGCGGCGGCGUGCGCCCGACGCGCUCACCUGCGAGAGCCUGGCCGUCAAGUUCCACAUCGGCCAAGCGGAGCUGCAGCUCGACAACCUCUUUGGUGGAGAUGGGGAGUUGGGUAACGCCAUGAACAAGUUCUUGAACGAGAACUGGCAGAAGCUGGCGGAGGAGCUGCAGGCGCCGCUGGAGGAGGCGCUGCGCGACUUCCUCAAGCCGCUGGCCGACCACGCCUUCGGCAUGCUCCGCGCCGACGACGUGCUGGACCGUCUCUGA